AAAUACUUCGUCAAAUUGCAUUGAUAACGGCAUUGACCGACCAACAUGACAUCGAAUAACAUUAAAAAUUUACGCCAGCUGUCGCCGGAAGAACGCAAAGAAUUCCUGGAAUCUUUUGAUGUCAUCUUUUUUGACUGCGAUGGAGUUCUGUGGAUGGUUACGGGUGGACCCAUACCAGGAGUAUUCGAAGCACUGCAACGUCUCAAGGAUCAGGGAAAGCGAGUGAAAUUUGUAUCGAACAAUAGUGUACGAUCACAUGCGGAAUAUUUGGAAAGAUUUGCAAAAUAUGGUAUGGCAAAUGUCCAAGAGGAUGACAUUGUCCAUCCGGUCAAAUCAAUGAUUUGGUAUUUAAAACGUCACAAACCCAAUGCAGUGGUAUUGCCCUUGGUCGGCAAAGCAGGCAGGGAUUUAUUGGUGGAUGAGGGUUUGAAUGUUGUUAAUAUGGAUUUGGAUACAACAACAUGUGCCGCCAUGGGAUAUUUUGUCUUAAAACAUGGCCCUCCCAAGGUGGACUAUGUUCUGGCUGAUGUCAAUCCCUCUGCGGGUUAUAUACAUUUGGUCAAGGCAUUGGAGUAUUUGAAGGAUCCUCAGUGUCAGCUGUUGCUGGGAGCAAUGGAUGCGGUCAUACCCUUGGCUGCUGGACAUACAAUGCCGGGUUACUUAGAUUUCUAUAAUUUCCUCAUAAAACAUUCCAAUAAACAACCCAUUGUUUUGGGUAAACCUUCCCAGCUGCUGGCGGAUAUUCUCAAAGAACGUUUCGGAAUAUCACAACCACAACGUUGCCUUUUUGUAGGAGAUUCUUUAAAAAUGGAUAUAAAUUUUGGAAAAAGUGUUGGCUUCCAGACAUUAUUCGUACUGAGCGGUGCCAAUACCAAAGAGGAUAUGUUGAAUACGGAGGAAUGUAAUCAACCGGAUUAUUAUGCUGAUAGUGUGGGCGAUUUUAUGGAGUUGUUUGUGAAUUAA